AUGGGGUUCAUAAUGGAAUUUGCUGAGAAUUUGGCACUGAAGUUGAUGGAGGAUCCAAAAGAAAGGGAUCGGAAAUUCAGGGAACAUGUAUAUGCGGUGAAGGACCGGUGCGGUAAGACCAAGGAGAUGUGGAGCUACCCUCUUCGUCCGUACGGGUUUUGGACCUUCGAACGUCACAACGCUCAGCUCCGUUGGGAUGCUCAGAUUAGCCAGGUUCCGGGUCGUAGGGACCCCUAUGAUGACGUCCUUCAACAGAGCUACAAAAUCGACACCAGGUCCAAAUGA